AUGAAUUCCACUUAUCGCACAAGUAAAAUUCGUACUUUUCAUAAGAAAAUUGUUAGAGGUUGGAUGAAAGUUCAUUGUACAUUAUGCGGAUUAUGCUUCCGUAGAUUGCGUAAAUAUGAAAUUUCAAUAAAACAAUGCUUAUGCACACCAUUAUUACGUGUAAUACCUGAUGCUAAAAAAAUUUGUCGUUUAAGAAUAAAAUCAUCACCUGAUUCAGCUAAACCAAUAAAACAUCUAAUAUCGAAAUUAGACAGAAAAGCAACGAAUGAGUUAGAACGAAUGAAACGAAAAGGUAAUAAUUGGUCAGCUAAUGAUUUAUUUAAAUUUCAACAUGGAAAUUUGGAUCAUUAUGAUACAGAUGAGAAAAGAGCAAUUUGUAUGGAAUGGCUUCGACGGCUUAACAAUAUUACCAAAAAAUAUUAUUGUCUUGCAUGGUAUGCAUCAGCAAUUUACACUUGCUAUUAUCGAUUAGCACCGUUAAUUAGUGAUAAAGAUGAGAAGAAGCGAAUAUGGAUUGACGUUAAACGUGAAUAUGCGGAAAUAUUCCUAAUGGGUCGACGUAUAUGGCGUAGACCCACUCAUCCAAAUAGACUUCGUAUUCUUUAUGAUUUAGCAAUGUUAUGCAUUCUUUUCAAUGAUAUACCUAAUGAUGAAACAGUGAUACUAUUUCGUGAUUUACUAGAUGAUAGUGAUAAUUUCAAUUUUGAAGUACUAAAUGAGAUUGAAUAUGCACAAUCUAUUGAUAAGACAGUACGAUUGGAAAAUCAUAUAAUUGAUUUGUUUUAUCAAAGACGAAAAUCUACUUGUUCUACUCGUUCCAGUUUUCUAUCAAAAAGCAACAUUGAAACACCGCAAAGUAGUUUUAGAAGUUUAAAAAUGAAAAAUGAUGAUAUAAAAAACGUCAAAUUAAGCAAAACUUUAUCCAUUCCGGAAAACAUAAUGUCAGAUUCAUGUGUAACAACAAAAGUUAUUCGUAAACAAAGUGUUCGUUUUGCUGGAAAAUCUGAUUUAAACAAGAACGAGGAAAAAACAUUAUUGUUAUUCCAUGAACCGAUCACUGGACUUAUCACUAUAGCAGCAAUUUUAAUUGGUGUUAUUUUAUUAAUUAAUCCAAGCCUUCAUCGUAAAACUUCAUUAUACAAUCAAUUUUUUCAUCAUUAUGCACGAGUAAGAGCUAAUCAUUACUUAUUACUUUAUCGAAUAGCUAUAGCUUUAUGGAUUGCUAUACAUAUUAUUCAUAUAAUUACCAUUAUUACUAGCAUUUUAGCUACACAACUUAUUCGACCAGAAUUGCUAUACCCUCAACUUAUCAUACUUAUCAUAUCAGUGGGAUUCUACACAUUUAGUCUGUUAUGCAUUAUAACAAUGAAUUUUAUCGGUUCAAAUGUCAUCUGGAUAGCACCACUUGUUGCUUCAUUUUUCUGCUUUUUUACUUUAACAAAUUUAUAUCUCCUUGUAUUGACUCAUCGAUAUGUAUCUGAUCGUCGAGAAGCAUUACAAAAAAUAUUGCGAAGUGCAAAAACGGUAACAUUCAAAGAUAUUCGAUCAUCGAUCAAACAAUACGAAGAAUAA